AUGGACGAAAACAGCGCUGUGGCCACAUUCCAACUCAAUUGUUUUCAAUCUGGCUAUGUCGCUCUUGACGACGUGUCCGUCACUAGCGACGAAGGUUCUUCCGGUGAAGGUCAAGUGGUCUCUACGAAGACGACCACGGUCUACCGGACUGAAACCAUCGUACAAAGCCAGACAUUUACCCAGAUUGAGACGACAACUUCAAUCAGCGGCUCUGAAGUCGUUCUUACUACUUUAGUACCUACCGUAGUAUAA